AUGUUGUCGAUUGUGGAAUCCUUCCAAAAGCCGGCUAGCGUAGCGAUCCCAGUUAAUGAUAGUUUUGGGACCUCGCACUCUGGACUUCGCGGUUUUCUCUUCUCUCUGGAUAAACGAGAGUCUUCCCCGGAGAAAGUGAUGGUCCGAUCCCGUAUAAAACUUUGGUACAACUGCGACAUCCGUCGGACAAAAUCUUUUACUGACGAUAAUGUGGUCAAUUUCAUUACGGUACCCUCCACCGGGUCACUCCAACGUCCUGCGGAGGAAGGAGGGCUUCUGGAAUUACGAGCUCCUAUGGAUGGUCUCAGUCGUUGUGAUGAACGCGGAAAGCCUCUCUCACUCUCUGCUCAUUCUAAUGAAGGCGGCGGGUUCCAAUGUGAAGUUUUCAGGCGUUCUUCUGGGGCCAGUUUUGGCAUUAAAAUCAAUAAUUAUGACCUUGUGAAAGUAUGA